GAGCAGAAGGAUUCACACGGUUUAUAAUUAGCUCUCCUAAACGUCAAAGUCUACUGCAAGACACUAUCUGUUUUACUGUAACGUGAUAUUAUUUCAAAACGUUUUGAAUAAUUUGAAGGCUGAAGGAUUUAUUUAAAAGUACUAAAUACUGAAGAAAUAAUCGACUAAGGCAAUGUCUUUUGGAGUUAAAAUAAGAAAUGAAGUUAUUGUCGCCUUGUACUGUGUGGGAAACUGAAAAUAAAUAAGAGAAGACUUGAAUCGGUAUUUCAAAUCAGUUUACAAUAGUGUGAAGGGAAAAUGACGCUGGGACUCAUUUCGUUUUUGUCUGUCUGCAUCUUUUGCAUUCAAGUGCCACAAUGCCAAACCGGAUGUGCUGAAGUGGAUUCCAUGACAGAGGCAGUGGCUGGAGAGAGUUUUACAUUAGGAUGCAUUUCCUGCAAAAGAAGAGAAGAAGUGCCUGCUUCUGCUAUCGUGAGCUGGCACUUCAAACCACCUGGUGAUGAGGAGUUCAUCCAGAUUUUCCUCUAUAGACAUCCUACCCCCACCAUUCUUCAUGAACAAUUUGAGGAAAGAUUAGAGUGGCAAGGUACUACAGGGACAAAAGAUGUGCAAGUCGGCACCGUCUUCAUUCAUAACGUCACACAUAACGACAGUGGGACUUACCUCUGCACUUUCAACCGGACACUGCAUCUGUCUCUGUAUGGCGAGAAUGUGAUCAUAAACAAAGAGGUGGAGCUCACAGUGGUGGAUGAAGCCAACCGUGAACUGGUAGCUGUGAUCUCUGAGAUCAUGAUGUACGUGUUGAUCGUGGUCCUGCAGUUAUGGAUGAUUGGAGUGCUGAUUUACUGCUACAAGAAGAUCUCAGCGGAGAACGAAGCUCGAGAGGCCAGAAAAGCUGCACGCUCUCAAAACAAACUCAUUGACUCAAAGGAUCCUUGUGAUGGCGUGUAUUUGGAAUAACUAGUUUUGGUUAGUAGACUUAUAGAGGGAUUGCACUUAAGACAAGAUUUGGUCAGUUGCAAAUAUGCGAUAUACUAUGGAUACUCUGAUGUAAACAACAGCAUAGAUUGCAUAGUUAAUGUACUACUGAAUAUGUUGUUCUGAAUGUUUAUGCUGUCUAAACCAUUGGAGAAAAUACAUAGAAGCUGCUAAAUUAUAUAGAGAAGCAAUUAGUAAGCAGGAAAGGGUGCAAUAUUUUGACGAACCGAAUUUAAUAGUCGAUAAAAGAUAUGUCUGAUUAGUAUUAAUUCAGAUUUUAGCUUAAUAUUGAAUGUUGUCUAGAAUAUUUACUUUUUUGGGUGAACUUUACCAUUACGACUAUGGAUGAAAUACAUAGGUAAUGGCAUAGAAACGCUCUGAAAAUAAUAGUGUUUUCAUUACGCAUCAUCCGUCGGCCAUAUUGGAAAGGUGAAUGUAAACAAUGCCACUGUGAGCAAAAUCACCUGUUUUGUCAUCACUUUAGACAUUAUUCAUUCUAAUACUAGCUCUAAAGUGACGUUGGGAAAGUAGCAACGGUUUCUGCUGUUCUUACGUCAGCUGCAUAUGUAAAUGAAUGGCGGAAGAAAGUAGUUUCUAAUACAAAAGAAUUUUGAGACUGUCCGUGUUUGAUCUUUUUUUUAUAUACCUGAUUAUGCCUGAAAUUGUUGUAUAAACGCAAUAUCACACUCGUAGCAGUGCGAUGUGGCUGUAUAUUUGUCACUCGUGGGACACUACACAUGCCUCCCAC